GUUCCACUUCCUCAAAGUGUAAACAUUGGCAAAGGCAGGGCAGUGUGAAGUUCUACGGCAAGUCAUGGACGAAAGAUAGUGUGUUAAAUUAUCUCCGUAACAAAAUGCGUCGUUUGUACUUUGAGUUGGGGCGCGUCUGUGAGCGGAAAAUAACAGCAGGAACGAAGGAGCUCUAAGGUUUGUAUGCCGUGUGGGAAUGGGUUCCCUGCCUCGCUGGUCCAAAUGGAGAAUAACGGGAGCGACGAGGUGGAAAAAUUGAAGACAAAGUUCUUGUCAGUGUGGCACAAUGUGAAGUACAGCUGGGCCCUCAAACCAAAGACCUCAUUCAGUAGAAAUUCUCCAGUGCUGCUUCUGGGAAAGUGUUACCAUUUUAAGGCUGAAGAUGAUGACAGUGUUCCUGAAGCCUGCUAUGAAGCCUCUGAUGAGGACUUUGUUAUGGGGAACGUGGAAGCUUUCCGGAAGGAUUUUGCAUCUCGUUUGUGGCUGACCUACAGGGAGGAGUUCCCUCCUCUGCCGGGAAGCAUCCUGACCUCCGACUGCGGCUGGGGCUGUAUGCUGAGGGCCGGACAGAUGAUGCUGGCUCAGGCACUCACACUGCACUUCCUGGGCAGAGACUGGACCUGGUCGGAAGCACUGACUCUCCAGCCUUUAGACACAGAGACGUGGACCACCACUGCAGCCAAGCGUCUGGUGGCCUCUCUCGAAGCUUCUCUGCAAGGUUCCUCCAACCCCUCCGAUCAUGGUUCAUCACCACUGCCCCAAACCCAGGCUGCUCCUGGAUCUGCAGAGGAGGCAGAUGCACAUGUGAAGGAAAUGUACCACCGCACUCUUGUGUCUUGGUUUGGGGACAGUCCCUCGGCUCAAUUGGGUCUCCACAGGCUUGUCCGCUUGGGCCUGACGAUGGGAAAACAGGCUGGGGACUGGUACGGACCAGCCGUGGUAGCACACAUUCUCAAGAAAGCUGUCGAGGAGGCGAUGGACCCUGGCUUGGCGGGUAUAACUGCCUAUGUCUCCCAGGACUGCACAGUGUACAGUGCUGAUGUCGUCGAUUGCCACAGGGCACCGAGAGCAGGGCAGACCUCUGAUGAGACAUCAGAUGCCCCUCCUCUACCACAGAACGACCAACCGGCAUCUGCUUCCCCCCUGCCAGACGACCGAGCCGUCAUCAUCCUCAUCCCUGUGAGGCUGGGAGGGGAGAAGACCAAUCCUGAGUACUUUGACUUUGCAAAGGGAAUACUGAGUCUGGAGUACUGCAUAGGUAUCAUCGGAGGGAAGCCCAAACAGGCCUGCUACUUUGUGGGAUUUCAAGAUGACAGCUUGAUUUACAUGGACCCUCAUUACUGUCAGUCUUUUGUGGAUGUCAGCACCAGCGAUUUCCCUCUCCAGUCAUAUCAUUGCCCCUCACCGAAGAAGAUGCCUUUCAGCAAGAUGGACCCAAGCUGCACCAUUGGUUUCUACUCCAGAAGCGUUCAGGACUAUGAGAGAAUCAGGCAGGAGUUGUCUAAGGUGCUGCAGCCAUCAGCGAAGGAGAAAUACCCCGCGUUCACUUUUGUACAAGGUCAUGGCAGAGAUUACGACCUGUCGGCAGGCCUGACCCCAGAGAAGAAAGAAUGGCCCUUCAUCUGUGACCCGCGAAGAACGGUCACCACUGCCGGAGACUUUGUGCUACUUUGACAGCCCUGUUUAAAAGUCCUGACAGACAAACUCCUCUAUUAAGGAAUCCAACUGCUUCAUAUCCACGGCUUCAUGUUCGGACACUGUUGUGGAGUUUAUGGAACUUUUUAAAACUACAUUAAUACAGUUUAUACAUCCUGGAACUUUGUCGCUGGGCAAUUUUAGACAAAACCGCUAUUAACUGGUUAGACUAUUAUUUGUUGCCUGGCAAUGUGAAAGUACUGAAUAAUUUGUCAGGAAGCCUUGGGACAUUUUUUGGUGCUCUGUUGAAUUUAAUGACUUAACAUUUUUUUAUGUAUUCAUUAGGAAAGAGGAGCAUUAAGGGGAACAGUAUUCAUUUUCCAACAUCAUUUGAAUUUUUGUAGACUUAGACGAGAUGUUGUUAGCGACUUUAUCAACACAUCAGAUUUUGGGAGACUCGGUUUAGUUUUUUAUAUGCACCUUACAUCAUCUUGAAUACGCCUUGAAGGAAUUUGCUUAUAAAGAUCUAGAGGUCUGGUUCGGCACGUCCCUGCUGAGGAUCUUUGGGAAUUUAAAGAUAACAGUAGUAACUAUGACUGAAGUACCGUUACAAUCUAGGCAGAGCUUCUUAAGCGUGACUAGCAUUUGCCUAAGAGGUAUGGCAAAACCCUUAAUUAGUAUGAGCCCAGAACUCUGAAGAUAGUCAGAGCCAAGUAACUUUUCCAAACUUCUUUGCCAAAAGCAUUUCAUUAAACAAGAUGAAUUCUUCACUUGUCUGAAAUACCUUCACAACAGAAGCAUAUGGAACACAUGCUUUGAGGGAGACUCUUAAUAACUGCCAGCAUUUCUUUUAAUUCACACCAGAGCUCAUUUCUUUCGCUUAGCAGUAAUACGUGAUGGUGUUGUGUAAUGAUAUGUUUGGUCGUCCCUGUAUGUUUUUGACUGUUAUGAAUUUUGUCUGAACUAUGCGUCAUGGUGAAAGUGACCAGUGGGGAUGGUUUGUCAAAUGGAUGAAAGUGUCAAGUACUAUACCUCACUAAGAACUAUCCGGUAUAGAUUACCCUUUACAAUGGGAUUCUUAUUUCUGUUGGAGUAUCCUCUGUUUAUGAAUUACACACACUUUAAACAGCAUCUGGAGACAAAAUAUAAAACAGUUAAAUCAGAUUUAGGGAAUUGUAAUAAAGAGGUUGCUGAACUUUUUUGGACCUGCAGUAUAUGACAUGUAGAACAGAACAGAAGCAAAUACUGUGUUAAAUGUAAAUGUCCAAAUCAGGAGUAUUAUUUGUAUAAGUUUAGGCUAUUAUUUCAGUAUUUUUGAGAGAGAUUUUCUUACAAAUGGUAUUUUGUAACAUUUUCUGUUAGGUUCCUUAAUACAUUUCUUGCUUUUAAUUUUUCCCAAUCCUGUCCUCCAGCAGUGAGUGAGUAUUGCUGUUCCGACAACACACUUUUACGCAAACUACAAAAGAUGAAGUGCACUAGAAGAUGUGUAAGGCUACAAACCUCAAUCAUGCACUUUGAUUUAUUACUUCAAAGACACUGAAGUAUUCUGACUGUUGAAUCUUUCUCGUGUGCUUUCCUACAUUAAAACACUGGCACUGCGUGUCUGUUUGCAUCAAAUAAGUUAAAAAUGUAUUUGGAAAAUGUUUUAACACUGCCAGGCAGAAAAGCUGAAUAAAGUCUAAAUAUUUCACUUUCUUUA